AUGCCCGACUUUAAUAGAGUGGGAGUUAUCUGUGAGGAUGAAUUUGCUCCUGAAAACAACCAAAACAACAGGAAAGGUCAGUGAAUCCACCUUGGAUGUGUGGUACUUUUCCCGGUCCCGUUGUUUAUUUUAAAUCUAACCUGGUGCUUGUGUUCGCCGGUAGAUGAAGGGAGGAGCAGCGGGGUGUCGGAGGUUUUCGGGACGGUGCUGACUUUGCUGUCCGUGGUCUUCAUCCUCUUUACCUUCCCCUUCACGGGCUGGAUGUGCGCCAAGGUGACCUGAUACAAAACAAACCUUUAAGUGUUUUACCUGAGCAUAUAAUCUUAGUAAAAAUGCAGACAAAGCUAUUGUAAACUCUUAUGAAGAAAGGUGUUGCUAAUGAGGAAGGAUUGGUCAGGUAGUUUCAGUGCAGAUCCACAAAGUACAACAUGGAAAUAAGGAUGUUUAGUGGGGGAGACCAGGAUGGUUGGAACAUUUCUGACAUUUCUGUCUGUAUCUUAGCGUUGUUUUAAGCCAAUGCAUUCAAACUGUGAUACAAACUAAGUAUAUGUGUCUGCUAUUAAAGGCUGUAGAAGUUACCCCUGCAACACAAACAGACUACUCAUAAUUUAGUCUCAAACAUUAGUAGUGAAAUGUUACAAUUCACCCCAUAGUCUGGGUUGUUUGUAACACACCCUGGGGUGAAAUGUAACAUUAAAAAAUCAGGAUAAUGACAAAACUUUAUUGAUUGGAAGCUUUUUAUUGACCAAUUUAAAGGCAUUUUAACAUUACUGGUGUGUUUGAGCCUAUAUGUUAGUUACUGCCAGUCCUAGAAGUGAUGGACAACGUGAUGAGGUACCCCCCGGUCAGUCUUUCUCCUUCAAGAUGAGACAUACUGAAUUUUAAAGAAAACAUGUAGAUAAUAAAAAGUUUGCUUGGAGGAGGUUUUAAUACUUUUCAUUGUUGUUACAACUAACCCAGACUCUUGUCACCAGGAAUGAGCUUACUUUACAGCUAACAGCCAAAACUUUGGCAUGAACAACUUGCAGGAAAAAUAUCUACAGACACACAAAAAACGUGAUUUAAGUUUGAUGAGUUCAACUACAAAGCAGGCAAUGCUAUCAUUAAAGUGUCUGAAUUAAAAACGACUUUCUUAUCUCAAAUUUAGAUUUUGUUUCUCUUAAAAUUGGUGGAGUCUACCAAAGGAUCCUAUAUGUACACAUGUGGAACAAGAACUAAACUAAGCAUGUGCAGAGUGAGUCAGGUGAUUUGUAACUUGAUCCUGAUUGGAGAAAUUGGAAGUGUUACAAUUGACCCGUGUUACAACCAUCCCCGGUCUCCCCUUCUUGAAAUAAUCUGGUUUGAAAAAAUAAACUGUGAACUGAUAAACUGGAAACAACAUUCAGAAAAAUCAUGUCUGCUUCAGGUGAUCCAGGAGUAUGAGAGAGCUGUGGUCUUCAGACUGGGACGUGUCCUCAAAGAAGGAGUCAAAGGACCUGGUACAAAAAAAAAAAAGAGAGACCAAUCUGAUUUUUUUAUUUCCUUUAACAUCAGUUUGGAUCUUAGUAUUUGUAAAAAUCUACUCAGAGAUUCUGUGUCACUGCAGGUUUGUUCUGGAUCAUCCCCUGGAUAGACGUCAUUAAGAAAGUCGACCUGCGGACUGUUUCCUUCAACAUACGGCCACAAGAGGUCAGCAGCAGCUCAGCCAUGAGUGACUCAGCACUUCACAGUGCUUUACCACAGACUCCUGGUUCCUAUCAUCCUCUGUGUAUCAAAUGUAUGUCCUGAAGUGAGCCACAAAGAGCAGCACAGAGGCCUUAUUUCUUCUGUUUACAUCCCCCUCCUGCUCAGGUUUUGACUGCAGACGGGGUGCCAUUAAAGGUGGAUGCUGUGGUGUUUUACCGGGUGGUGGACCCCUCUCUCUGGGUGACACGUGUUGAAAAUGGUUACAAGGCCACAAAUACACUGGCUCAGACGACACUGAGGGCUGCACUGGGGGCACACACUCUGACGGACUUACUGACUCAGAGGACGAGCGUCGCUAAGAGGAUGGAAGUGAGUCAAAUAUUUCUAUCCUCGUUUUUUCAGGUGUAAAGAAACAGGAAAGACUUGGAAAGCUAAAAGUUUAUCUACAGACUUCAUCUCUGUGCAGGUACCACUUACAUCCAAGAUUUUUCUGUCCAUUUGUAAGGAUUAUGUCUCCACUGAGCUCAACUCCGCAUGACAACAGGGGAGAUGUGGAGGUAAAAAGUUUGUGUGGGGAUUCAUUUUACCUGCUUUGUCCUGUAGGUGGUGCUGCACUCUGCGUCAAGGCUGUGGGGGGUUCAGGUGGAACGGGUGGAGCUCAAAGACCUGACCCUGCCUGUCACUCUGCAGCGCUGCAUGGCUUCAGAGGCUGAGGCCGCCAGGAGGGCCAGGGCCAAGGUACCUAAACUCAAACGCACUUUUUGAAUCUCACGAGUUCAAGUUCAGAUCAAAGAUUGUUCUUCUCUCUCCAGAUGAUCGUGGCUGAAGGAGAGGUGAAGGCUUCUCGGGCUUUGAAAGAGGCGGCGUCUGUACUCUCACCUCUGGCUUUCCACCUCAGAUACCUGCAGGCGCUGAGCUCUGUUCAGAGCAGCGCGUCCAUCGUGGUCUUCUCCCUCCCUACAGAGCUCCUCAACAUGUUCUUCUCUAAACACUGUAGCUUCACACAAGUGAGGGAGCUCAAUGUAAGAAAGGUCGACUGA